UUUGGAUGCACGCGCCAUUUUGCAUUAUUUAAAUGAACUGGGCUACAGAAAUAUCUCGGCCAUACAACUCCAAGAAUUUUUAAAAGCUAUUUUGCGACUAAAGGUAUGCAACCGCAGUCGAGUAUCAACAGUACGAGUAAAUUUGAUGCAAAAUUUAAUCAGCAACAACAAUAUAUUCAAGAACAGCUACAACAACAAUUGCCAACCUCAUCUGUCACCACAAACGCAACAGCAGCAGUUUAUACAUCAAAACGUAGUCCUUCAGUCAAAGUAAUUAAAUGCAAGAAACCAUUGUGCCACUUUAAAUUCUACUUGGAUAUAUGCGAUCAUCAGCUUACCAAACGUAUUGAGGAGCAAAUAAAGUUGUUGGGCGGCUCAUUGGAAUUUUUCUUAACAUCAAAUGUUACACAUUUCAUAACAGAUAAGCCGACCGUUCUGCCAGGUAAUAUACGACAAAAAGUUGCUCAGGGCAAUUACAAUCACAGUCCUGGUACACCUCAAACUCCAACUACGCCGCUCACACCUCAAACACCGUACUCCUUAGAAUCACAGGAAGUUAAAUCGAGCAAUGGCUUCAAAACUAAUGGCAAUAAUACGAAUAGUGUUAAUGCUAAGAAAACGUUACGACAGUCAAGAGCCGAUGCCAUUUUAAGCCGUGCUAGACGUCAAAGCGUAACCUCAGCUACAAAUACGCCCCCAUUCAGCGCGUUAGGGAAUCAACUGGGAACAAACUCAGUUCAAACAGCAGCGACGACACCCUUAAAGUCUCAACAAGCCUUUACUGCAUCUCCGGCUUACAUACUUUGGCAAGCGGAGCAUGCUUUGCGGUUUUUCAAAAAGGUUCAACACGAACUGAAAGAAUAUUUAGGUCAUAUCAAAAGAAGUUCUAUCAAAUCUGGUAGCAUAGAACCGAUCAGUCUUAAGGGUGGUUUUAUAAAAAUAGAAACAAUUAGGCGAAAUUGCCGCCCCUAUUAUCAACUCUUUAGAAAGUCUAACGAGUGGCCGAAAGUUGAAAUUUCCCGCGAGGACGGAGCUUUUCGUUUAUCACCGAAACGCGAAAUUCCCAAGGGAGAAGAAUAUAAAAAAAUUGCAGUUUUAGAUGCAAAUAUGACUCGAAAAUCUCGCUCCCGGUCUUCCCAACAUCAAAGUACUGUAAAAAUUUUGAAAAAAUCAACAGCAAAUAGUCAGCGCAAUGCUGUAGCGUGUAAACAACAACAGCAACAACAACCAAAAGAAUCAUCAGACAAACAGUGCGGAGUCUGCGAGAUUUGCAAAAUUGAAUACGAUACACUUACCAUACAUCUCAAGACGAAAGAUCAUGAGUACUUUGCCAAAAAUCCACAAAAUUUUAUUGCCUUAGAUACAUUAAUACAUACCUCAGCGGAUGUGAAUAAUUUCCUAGAAGAAAACAGAAAACUUGAAAUAAAAAGUGAGCCACGAGAAAUGGAUGUUGACGACGUUGAAGACGAUGAGGAAAUCGGAAACAAUAAUGAAGAGGAAACGAUCGUCCCAACCGUUACCAUCAACAACAGUAACCAAAAGAAUAUUUCAGAAGAUUCAGUGACGUUGGUUGUACCAAAAUCUCUUUCGCCGACGUUACGUGAAAAAUCGAAACGCGUCACGAAGGGCAAACAUUCGUCGGAAAAGUUUCAAAACCUACCUUCGAAGUCACUAAAGGUUCCUAGUCCCCAGAAAAAUGUUUGCAUAGGGCGAUCUUUCGUUAACGAAAUACAGUCAUCGGUAUUUGCAAGUGGUUUAAAUAAGAAUUGCAAAAAACUCUCUUCAUCAGCUCUUUCUCCGCCAAUACGCGCGACCCUACCGCCUUCUUCUUUAUACAAAGUAGUUGAGACUCACACUGAUUUGAAUUGUACACCACCUAAAGGUCGUGGCGGGAGAGACGGUGCGGUUGCCGCAGCAUCACCAUCAAUAAUAGUUAAAUUUAAAAAGGUACGAGCUACGGAAUUACAGGUUCUCAAUGGCGAAGCGGAAAGCUUUAUGUUCCCAAAACGGCGAAGUGAUUCGAGUGAUUUGCCCACCGAUAUAGAUCGUCAAACAACUUCAGAUCGGGUUGGAAACACUUCGUCUUCAACGCACUCAUCUUUUUCUGAGGCAGAGGACACUACUGAUAAUUUAAUGCGUAUCGACGACGUUAAGUCAACAUGGGGGAAAAGAGCUGUGGCGACUGCGAAACGAAAAUCGCUGAAAGGCGCUAUUGUUAAUUCAUCGAAAAAGAUAAAUGACAUUAGCAAGCAGAGUUUUCCGAAAGCCCCCAUCCAGCCAGUUCAGCAAUUGAAACAACCCACUGCAACAAGAAAAAAGUCAACUAAUAAUGAUGUGGCGACUGCUGCGGCUAUAGUUGCAGCAACUGCCACAAUAACAUUACCGGAAGCUACUCGUAAGAGUUCUCGGACAGCUACUGCAAUAGUAACCGCAGCAACUACUAGUAGUCGUUUGCUACAGGCGGCUGUUGAAGCCGCCAAAAGCAAAAAUCGCCAUUUAAGUACUGAAGCAGCUACCGCCACGUAUUCAAAAACCAAAAUGCCGAAAAAGCGAAUUAAAGUGGAGGCAGUGAUAGAAGACAAAGAUGGCACGGAGGCAGCAGUAGAAAAGGAAAGUUCAGCACAAUCUGCCAGCAAGUUGACAUUAAGACAAAAACGUAGUAGACGUAAACCAGUUGUAAAAUUGGAGGAUGGGAUGGGGGAACAAAACAGAAGCAAACAAAUACCGAUCGAAGACGACGAUGAAGAUGAAAUAGAUUUUGACGAUUUCGAUGACGCUACGGUAGAUAGCGAUGAUAUAAGAGAUGAGGAUUUUGUAAUCGAAGCUGAAAGAAAAGCUCAAGCACGUUUAAAGCGUUUGAAUUCAGUAAAAAAAAUGUUAAGUACAAAUACACGUGAAGAAAGGGCAACCAAACGUCAAAAUCGUUUACUGAAUUUCAUGAAGCAGGAACGGCAGGAAUCCCAGACUGAGUUGAACGACUCAAUGCAAAAGCCCGCGAAACUGAAAGUAAAAAAACCUGCAAAAGCUACAAAGCCCCCGUCUAAGAAAUCUCAACGUAAGUCAUCGGCAAAUAAAAAGCGAUCAAAAAAAAUCGAACGGGUUUUUGAUUUCACUAAAAGUGAACGUUUGAAAAAACUGCGUUACGCUUUCGAGCGUUUGCCGACGUCCGAUUUAUGGUAUCGAGUAUAUAUGCGGCAGGAUGAAUGCCAAGAACGAUACUUUGAAUAUUACGGCACUACCACCUAUAGAAAACUGCCCUAUGAAUUGGGCCCUAUUCCCUUUGAAACAACUUUUUUAGAUGGCAGUAAUGGAGCUAAAAUAUGCUGCAACUUAUGUCAAUCGUCCCAAACAGACUCUGAAAAGGACGCUUUUAAUGGUAAUACUGCGAAAAGUGAACUUUAUAAUCUAGAAAUAAAAGGCGAAAAGUAUGAAACAAAACCUCCGUCAACAAGUGACAGCGGAGCCAGUUCCUCAAACGUUGUGAAUGACUUUGCUAACAUUAGUGGGACAACUUUAGGUAAUUAUACAACGCCGCAGGCCUACACGCAUAAGCAUAAGAAGCUUCAUCUGUUGCAGCGUUAUCGUCAAGAACAAGAACAACAGGAAUUGUUACAGCGACAAAAACUUGAAGAGAACAUGAAACUUGGUGUGGACAUUAAGGACGAUACGUCGCGAAUAGAAGGGUGCGUGGCUGUAACACCAAUUGAAUCUAUGCGUGAACAAAGGGCUGGAUCCACGCACAGCAAUGCGAGCAGUUGCGCCAGCAGUGCAGCAACGCUAAAUAAAGCAAAAAAAGUGCGUCAGAGGCAUUUUAAUAAAGCUUCAUAUUUAGCUCAUUUAGAGCUGCCACCUCGUAAAUCACCUCGUGAACAUGCUUCCACACUGGCACUUGUUAGUUGUAUCAUCAAACAGCGGCAAGAUUCGCUUAGCAAACCAAAUUCGGAAACUGAUGAGCCGCCAACGACGCCACUGGCUCUAACACCUAUCGACAUAAAACCGCUCUUAGAUAUAAAAUCACCUCUCUUGCCAAUCGAAACGCCGGCUGCUGCAGCACUGCCAGCUUCUUUAGAAGUGGACGCUCAUAGUGAUUCAUUACGUUUACAGGCGCCUACACCCGAGGAAGAGUUACGAUUUGCCACUGAAAUAUCCGAAACUGUCAAACGUAUGCGAAGAGGACGCAAUAAAUACGAUUAUUCGCCUCCAUUCGUUGCAAGAAAAGUAAGACGGCCCCGCUCCAAUCGGGGAAGAGGCGCGGCAAACUGCGUUUUGGCAACAACUAGUUCCUUAUGGGACAAACCCCUGCAGGUCAAUCGUCUUAUCCCGCAAAUUCCUCAGACGUCGUGUAUUAAAAGUCAAAUUAUUGCACCAACAGUUGUGAAAAGACGAAGGGGUCGUCAAAAAGCCUGCUUUGUCGAAGUGAAUUCUCUCAUGCCUUCCAUACGUAAGACUGGGUCAAAGAAAGGUGUACUGGAAUUCGAAGCAGACGCCACCGCACUAAAAACCUUAAAAUCUGCUCCUACUGAUUAUGUCAAUCCUAAAUUGCUCGAGUGGCAGAUCGAUAAAUAUCUGUCAUCUGUUGGUCGACAAUAUGAUGAGCCGGAGCAAAACAUUUUACUUGCAAAUCGUUGCGAUUUGCGAAUUCCCAACCAAUCUACAAUAAACCAAAAUACACCACCUUCGACGGAUCACUUUUCAAGUGACUUCGAUCUUUGUGAUUUAUUAAAUCAGGGAGCUGCGCGAGAAAGUUUGGGGACGGAAGCCCUCGGUACGGAAGAAAAUCGUUUAGUUGUAGACACGAAGCAGAAAGACUUUAGUUUUUUUAAUUCAAUAGCGUUACAUAGUUACUACCGCAAACGAAAAACUCUUAAAUGUAACAGAACGGGUUGGCCAAAAGUAAGUAAAAAAAAGAGCACCUGCCGUCAGCAAAAAUUGCGACAGAGGAUUUAUUUUAUGAAAGACAGCGAACCCAAGAUAGAAUCAAACUUGGAUAAGCUAAAUAAGGAAGGAAUUAAACAAGAACCGAUGGAUGUCGAAGAUAUUGACGGUGGAGAUAACAUGGAAGAUAAUGAUGACACAACUCAAGAGCGGACACGGGAGAGUGCUGCCAUUACCCCUCCUAACAGCGAAAUAGAAUUGAAUGCAUUUGCAGUGAAUGCCAAUGCGGUUCUAAGUGAAAGGAAAAAACAAAAUGAGGAACAAGAGGACGAUGAGACUCAAAUGAUGCUAAUUGAAGAGCAGGAGGAUGCUGAUACCAUGCUUGAGUCGGUAGAAGAGGAAGAAGAAACAAAUAAAAUGGAAUCCGAUGUAGACGCAGACAUAGAAGAAGUUGACGAUGAUGACGAUGGCGAGGAGGAAGAGGAGGACGUGGAGAGUAGAAAGCCUGUUAAAUCUUUACAAUUUAAACAUCAAACUACAGCAUAUGCAUUGGCCGAUGAAUCUACAGAAAAACCUAUGCCUUCUUUGGAGCUUUUAAGUCCUGUAGAAAAAUUUCGAAAUAGACUUUUGAAUAACUCGGUGAACUCGGUGCAUUCGCUAGCUGCCUCAUCUACGCCUACGAUUCAUUUAAUGCGACCUUUACGUCGAACGCCACAACUAAAUGGUAGUCUAGGUAGUUGUAUCAGUCCCAGUGAAAAAGCCGGCGAUAAUUCCGAUAUUUUUACAGUAUCAUCUGACGGCUUAGAAACUGAUUUAGAUUUAAGCAAUUCGCAUUCCCAACUAAAAUGUAUAAACGAUGAUGACUCCCGUCAUCAAAAUCAUCAUCAUUAUCAUGAAUCACAUUUAAACAAUGCUGUCGGCAACAUAACACCAAAACGAAAAUUCGAUAUAUCUAAGUAUGCGCCGACAAAUGCGGCUACUUGUGCCGCAGAGGCGGCCACAGCUGCCGUCAAGUCUUUAGCCAUUUCGCAAUUCCUCAAAAAGGAAGUGCGAGUUACUUGUCGCCGUCUACGAGCACCUUUUCGUCGUUUUCGUUACCGCAGGUAGGGACACGGCUAUGUGCUUAUACCUAUCUUCGACUAAGUUAAUUAGAAAAGGCAGCCGGGAUGAUCCAAAGCUAACUUACGCCGAAGAUGAAGGAUUCCUUUCUGAGGAGCUAAUUUUAUCGUCAUAUAGUGAAAGAAUGAUAUUCUGAUAAAUUAUUGUAUAAAAUUAUAAUUUGUUAGUAUAGAAUUAAUUAAUAUAUGCGGCAAAAGAAAUCGUAAGAAGAACGAAUUUAGUCUAAAACAAAAGUAUUUUUUUUUUUUUUUUAUUAUUUUGUUGCUUAAUUAUUUAUUGUUAAAAAU